AUUGUACAUACAGUGCAUUGUGAAGAAGACAUUUAUUUAUAGCACAUGUUAAGCACUUUUACCUUGGGCUGCAUCUGAAAAUGUAGGCAGCUGACUUGCUACCUUGCUGCCUAAUCAGUUAAUGGCUUAACUGACAUCUGUUUUGAAUGAAUGGGACUCUUAAAGCUACACUAUGUAACUUUUGGUCAUCUAGCGGUUAAAAGAUAUCAACAAAAUAUCUUGCAUGUUGAGGAAGAAAAAGCCAUCUCUGAGUCUCUUUUAAAUCCUUUCAGAUCUCUUCAGUUGUCGCCACCUCUGAAAAGCUAAGCUGAAAAAAAAAAGUUACAUAGUGUAGCGUUAAGGAAACUGGUCUCCAAACAGUUUGAAAAGCACCUUAUUUUCAUCGUACAUUUAUUGUCCAGGAGGCAGCAUUUUCAUGGUUUCGGACGCAGCCUUGAAAAUGCAUUCAUGCGGAUCCAGCACGAGCAAUAAUCUCCUGAUAUUUUAAACGAUCUGGAUCACCUACUUUGUGUGACACGGGCUGACCGUCAUGAAUUGUGAACUUUGAUCCUGAUACCGAUGUUAGGUUGAUAGAAUACGUGCUUCAGAGGAAGCUGAACACUCGAUGGGAAGAAAACGCUGGAUUUCCGCGAGGUUCGUGAAUGACAUUUUUUUAACUAGAUAUGCAGAUGGUAUAUAAUAGAAGUUUUAUUGAUAUUUGCCUUUUAUCAUUAGAAACGUUACAGGAAACUGUUGAGGAGAGACUGUUAGAAUACGUGCUUCAGAGGAAGAUGUAUGAGCGUUCCACAGGAUGCUGGAUCUGCUGAAUUUGUGUGAGGACUUGCAGCAGGUCAUGGUGUCCGGGCCCAACCUAAAUGAAACCAGCAUUGUAUCAGGGGGUUAUGGAGGCACAACAGAAGGCAUGAUUCCAACCAGCUCCAUCAAAGGCCCUGCCAUACAUCUUAACACUAACUUUCUGAACAGCAGACGCAUUCCAAACGAAGGACAAGGAUCCAACAUGCAUCACACCAGUAGCAGUUCCUCCAUGACAGCAGAUGAGGCAUCAAGAGGUGUUGCUGUAGAAAAGUUUGACAUAAUGAAGAAGUGGGGUCUGAACACUUACAUGUGUACCAAACAGAUGAUCUCUGAGAGGUUUGGCCGUGGCUCACGUACUGUGGACUUGGAGCUGGAGGCUCAGAUCGAGGUUCUACGGGAAACCAAACGGAAGUAUGAGAAUGUGCUGCGUUUAGCGCGAGCGCUAACCAGCCACUUUUACAGCAUGGUGCAGACGCAGAACGCCCUCGGGGACACUUUUGCCGACCUCAGUCAGAAGUCUCCAGAGCUUCGGGAUGAGUUUGGCUACAAUGCAGAAACACAGAAGCUGUUGUGCAAGAAUGGAGAGACUCUGCUGGGUGCCAUCAACUUCUUUGUGUCCAGCAUCAACACACUGGUGAACAAGACAAUGGAAGACACACUGAUGACCAUCAAGAUGUAUGAGAAUGCCAGGCUAGAGUUUGAUGCGUACAGGGCAGAUCUGGAGGAGUUGAACUUGGGCCCGCGGGAUGCUGUGACUAUCGCUCGUAUUGAGGCUGCUCAGCAGCAGUACCAAAUCCACAAGGACAAAUAUGAACGUCUCCGCAGUGAUGUCACCAUCAAGCUCAAGUUCCUGGAUGAAAAUAAGGUCAAAGUGAUGCACAAACAACUUCUGCUGUUCCAUAAUGCCAUCUCUGCCUACUUUGCUGGAAACCAGCAGCAGCUGGAACAGACCCUCAAGCAGUUCAACAUUAAACUCAAACCACCUGGAGCUGACCAGCCUUCUUGGCUGGAGGAGCAGUGAAAAUCCCAACCCCUGAUUUCCAGUUAUUUGUCUUUAGCCACACAGAGAAACCAGAGAUCUGAGAUGCUAGCAGAGAUGGACUCUUUCUCAAUAACUCUCUCUAGCUCUACCUUAACCCAUACUUCCUUGAUUUUCCUCCUAUUUUUGCUCCGAGUCUGUUUUCAAGUGUCGCCUCUGGUGUGUAACCAGUCCCAAAAGCUUCACCCCUAUGAACAUCAUUAAAACAACUGAAAUAAUCCUUUCUGAUAUGUGAGUCAGAACAGAUGUUUUUUUCCAGACUAUUCUCUCUGUCAGUCUUUCACACACACUCUCUCAGUGAUCACAUUAUGAGGAUCUUUUUUCCUCUGUUUUCCCAUGAAAAUUGAUUUAUAUUAUUAUUAUUAUUAUUUGGUGAAAAACGAGCAUUCCAAUCAUGCUUAGUUGGUGUUUCUGUUUAUCUGAUAUUGCAGAUAUUGGUAUUGCAUCUUUAAACCUUAACCAGACCAUCAAUGUAUUGUUCAACAGUUUCAUGAGUCUCUCAUUUUUAAGUUUUUAUCAUCAAAUUAGUAAUGCUGGAAUGGAUUGAUGCUGUGGUUGUGAAUUUCACCAGGCAUGAAUGCAUGGUUGUCCGUGGAAAUUCCUAGACCUCAUUCUCUAGCCCAAAAUCACUGUCUCAGUCGGUUUUCAGGAGUUUGCAUUUCAGCCUUGAACACAUAAAAUAUUGUGAUUGUUUUCUCUAAUGGAGAAGUGUGUAAUUUGGACAGUUGUUAUUUCCUGUAGUAUUAUGUACUAACACAUAUAACUGUAGGAUGUGGAUGUAUAAAUUCUAUUUUUGAUUGUUUUUCUGAACACAGGCCAGUGAUUAAUGCCACCAUAAUCUGCCUCUUUAUCUACCAAAACAUGCACUAGAAGUUAUGUACUGGCUUGCUUUGUUAUCAGCAGUGUCCUAAAUACCUUCCAUUCUCCAUUCAAAAGCCACUUCUGCCAUGUGUUGCACUGUGCGUCCUGCAAUUUAACUGUUUAUGAAGAGGAAGUGCUAAAAUAUUAAAUGUAUGUAUAUUCAAAUUGGUUUAAUCAAAUGAGUCUUACUGAGUAUAUACCAUAAAUAUUCUGUCACAUAAAAUGUCAAAUAUUUAUAUUCACUGCGGUAACUUUUCCACAAGUUAUUUCACAUUUUUAUUUUUAAAGUGGGCUCCAAAUACAAAUGGACAUUUGUUGCUUUUGCUGUAAAUACAGACUUGAAAUGAUACAGUGAUUUUGGGGUUAAAGUGCAGAUUGUCAGAUUCAUCACGUCGAUCUUGAUAAGAAAAUAAAUAUCUUUUAUCACAUUAUGUUGGACCAAAAUUAUGACUCUAAUGUUCCAACAUUUUUGGAUCAUUGCACUAAAUCUUUCUACGUUUAAAAUGAAGCAAUACUGAAGAUGUUACUUUGAAAGUGUAUUUUCAUGUAUGGCUGUAUUGGCUGUUCCCUUGUGUGUUUUUGCAUGGCAGGUCUGAUGACACUAGUUGUACUUUUCCAUGCAUUGUGAUUAAAUCCUGUUCAGUGCUUCAGUAAAACACAAAAUGGGUUGGAAUGUUUCUGGAAAGAAAAAGGGUUUCUUUUGAAUGUCAUAGGAUGCUUGAAACCUCUAGCUUUGGCUUGAAUGUCACCUGUUGAAAAGUAAGAAGUGUAAUGGCAUGCUAUCUGGAAGCCUUUUUUUUUUGUUUCUUUUUAUUUUAUUUUUUUUAUAUUAUUAUUUUGGAGUCAUUUACCAUAGUAAAGGGAUUCAAAGAAAGAAAACGAUGGGACUUUGUCAGAUUUUUAUACCAAGUAUUUUGUUUUUACCUUCUUACAGCAGAGACUGUGAUCUGUGGUGUGUGUUAUUAUUUUAAUGGAGAAAGCGGUUGGAGAAAUGGAUAUGUCCAUCUUGCAAUGCAGAGACUUGAAACAUUCCAUAUAGUGAUGGACUUUUGUGCUAGACCUCCUUAACAAUGAAUCCAAAAACAGAAACAUUUCCCCAAUGAUUUCUAUUUUCUGCAUCCAUAAAGAUAUUUUAGUUUUUACCGGUAUAUUAUUUUGAUAGCUGUUAACAGAAAUGUUGGUAUUGACAUGCUUACUCCACCAGUAGUCCUAGUUUUAGAGCUUAGCAGAAUGAAAGGGUUAAAGGGUAAUUUUUAUGUACAAUCAAUAUUUGUGGCAUUGUUGUGUAUGAAUGACUUUAUGUAUGUAUGUAUGUAAAGAUAAUUUGUAUAUGUAUGUAUGUAUGUAUGUAAAGAUAAGACAGGUUUUCAAACUGCAAACCCAUAAUGCUUUACUUUGGUCCUGGCUUUGACCAAAACCUUCUGGACUACAACAAUGACGUACAAGAAUCCACAUGAUAAAUUUUAGAAGUUUGCAAAAAAUAUGGUCUUCCUUUCAUUUGUUCUUAGUUCAUGUUUUUGCUUUGCUACUUUGA